AUGGCCCAUAUUCCACAGGUUUUGCCCUCGUCGAUUCCAAUCCCUAGUUUUGUGGUUAAGACGUAUUCCUAUGUGUGGUAUUACUUGUAUGCCAUACUAAUGAAAAUCCCUGGUGGUCCUUACGUGAUAUCGUACGUGAGGAAAUCUCAUCAGGAUGAUCCUUACCGUACUGCAGUGGAGAUUAUACUGAUUCUGUAUGGGAUUGGUUAUUAUUUGUCAAAACCGCAACAAAAGACUGGUUUACAGGGUACGAAACCCAAUUUGACGGAACAAGAAGUGGAAUUAUUAAUUGAAGAUUGGCAACCAGAAUCAAUAGUGGAUGAAUCCGCUAUGGAAUUGCAACGUUGGAGGCUUGAGAAAAUGCCUGUGCUGGAAAUGGGAGAGAAUGAGAACCGUGUGACAGUAACCCGUAACGAAGGCUCUGAGAGAUAUACUGAUGUGUUGAAUCUGGCUUCGAACAACUUUCUGCAAUUGGCUGGCACUCCCGAGGUUGUUGAAAUCGUCAAGAAAACUAUCAGGAAUUAUGGUGUGGGUGCCUGUGGUCCCGCAGGUUUCUAUGGGAACCAGGAUGUGCAUUACAAUUUCCAGUACGCACUGGCAGAAUUCUUUGGCACUGAGGAUGCAGUAUUGUAUGGUCAGGAUUUUUGUGUGGCUUCAUCCGUUCUUCCUGCAUUCACCAAGCGUGGUGAUCUGAUUGUUGCGGACGAUCAGGUAUCUAUUUCGUCGCAAAACGCUUUGCAAUUGAGUAGAUCCACCGUCUACUACUUUGAGCACAACAACAUGGAGUCUCUAGAAGCACUGUUACAAGAAUUGACCGAAAUGGAGAAGAAAGAGAGGUUACCAGCGAUCUCUAGAAAAUUCAUUGUUACAGAAGGUCUAUUUCACAACUCUGGUGAUAUUCCACCUUUGCCCGUGUUGACGCAUUUAAAGAACAAGUAUAAGUUUAGGCUAUUUGUUGAUGAAACUUUCUCACUUGGGGUUCUGGGAGCCUCCGGUCGUGGUCUUGCCGAACACUUCAACAUGGAGCGUGCCAGCUCCAUUGAUGUCACAAUCGGUUCGAUGGCCACAGCAUUGGGUUCCUCAGGUGCGUUUGUUCUCGGUGACCACGUCAUGAGUCACCAUCAGCAGAUUGGUUCCAAUGCCUACUGUUUCUCUGCUUCGUUACCAGCAUACACUACCACUGCAGCAACCCAAGUACUCAAAAUCAUGGACAGAGACAACUCCGCAGUGACUCGUCUGCACCAGCUUUCACAACAGUUGCAUGAUUUCUUUAAUAGCGACUCCCAGUUGUCCGACUUCAUCACGGUGACAUCCCACGAAAGAUCUCCAGUGCUGCACAUACAACUCACACCAGAACUAAGGUCUUCCAAAUUCAACUACACGGCACAAGAGCUUUUCGAAACGGUCUCACACCUUCAGAAACGUUGUGUGACGACCAAAUUCGUCGAACCAUACGAACAAGAAGAACAGUUCCUACAAUCGAUCGUCGACACCCUGCUGUCCCAACACGGUAUCCUUAUCACAAGAAAUACGAUCGUACUAAGACAGGAGACCUUACCCGUCGUGCCCAGCCUAAAAGUUUGCAUCAAUUCCAACAUCGAAGACUCCGAGUUGACCACCGCGUGCAACGCUAUCAAGGCCUCCAUCCUCCACUAUUGUUCCCACUGA